CUUGGGGAGCCAGUGUCAGGCACGUGACCGAGCCAGCUCUUCUGCCGUAGGAAGGAAACCAGCGGCGGCGUUCCUUAGCCGAAGUCGUCGCCGCCGUCAGCAGGAUGUCGGGCAAGGACAGGAUUGAGAUCUUCCCUUCGCGGAUGGCUCAGACCAUCAUGAAGGCCCGUUUGAAAGGAGCCCAGACAGGCCGAAACCUCUUGAAGAAAAAGUCUGAUGCUCUGACUUUGCGAUUCCGGCAGAUUCUAAAGAAAAUUAUUGAGACAAAGAUGUUGAUGGGUGAGGUCAUGAGAGAAGCUGCUUUCUCACUGGCUGAGGCAAAGUUCACGGCUGGAGAUUUCAGUACUACAGUGAUUCAGAAUGUGAACAAAGCUCAAGUCAAGAUCCGAGCCAAGAAAGACAAUGUAGCAGGUGUGACCCUUCCAGUUUUCGAGCAUUACCAAGAAGGAGGAGACAGUUAUGAGCUGACUGGUUUAGCCAGAGGUGGGGAACAGCUGGCAAAACUGAAAAGAAACUAUGCUAAAGCCGUAGAACUCCUUGUAGAACUGGCCUCACUGCAGACUUCGUUUGUUACUUUGGAUGAAGCCAUCAAGAUAACAAAUAGGCGUGUGAAUGCUAUUGAACAUGUGAUUAUUCCCAGGAUUGAACGUACACUUUCUUAUAUAAUCACCGAGUUGGAUGAGAGAGAGCGGGAAGAGUUCUACAGAUUAAAGAAGAUCCAGGAGAAGAAGAAAAUAAUAAAAGAGAGGAAUGAAAAAGAACAAGCGUUACGGAGGGCUGCUGGGGAGCAAGAACCUGCCAAUUUGCUAGCUGAAGACAAAGAUGAGGAUCUUCUCUUUGAAUAGUGGUGUUCAUCUGUGAUGAUUCAGGAGAAGACAGAGCAAUGAUUCAUUGGGACACAGUUCUGGACCUGCUGUGCUGCUUAUUUAUGAUGUGGCUUGUCAUUUGGUGUACUAGUCUGUGAUCUAGACUCAUUCUGGAUUUAAUCCAAGAGAUAUGUUACGGAAAACAGCUAAUGUUUGAUCAUUGAAUACAUGCAUGAAGCAGAAUCAUUUCCAGUUCAGUUUAUCCGUCUCCAUUUCAUUUCUUCAGCCACAAAAGAAUUGGAACCUUCUCUUCUGCUGUGCUUUUGGCUAUUUUUAGACUCCCCUCACUCCUUUUUACAAUUGUUGUGGGCAGAAGUGCUUGUCCACUUGCUUUGUGUUCACAGUUGAAAAGUUGCAACCUUGCAGCCUUACUAAGUGACAUAAGUUGUAGUUGCAUCUUUUUGUUACAGAUUCCCUUGUAAGAUGGCUCUACUUCUGUUUAAUGUAUCUGCCAGCCUAUUUGCAUCUUCUGAAGAUCAGUAAAUUGUCUAAACAAAGGUUGUCUUUCAUUUAUGUCAAAAAUAGUUAUCAUGGUCUUCAAAGUAGGUGCAUCAAUGUCCAGAUACUCUUGUUUUGCAUCUGAGCGAGCAGUAACUUAAAAUUAUGAAAUAA